CUCUGCAGCCACAAAGUGUGACCUCAGUGACGGGUAACGUCGCAGGAACAAGGAUCCAGUGUGUAUUUGAGGCACUGUUAUUUAUCCCAAUGGGACGAACCCUAAACAACUUACUGUCGAUGGGCACUGGAACUGUUAUUGAAAAUGGAACUGCAAAACCUCCAGAACUCACAUACCAAGGGAUGGGAGUUGAUUUUAACACUCCAAACUCCACUGUCCCCAUGAAUUUAAUUUCUUCAACCACAAGCCCGACGACUGUAGCAACAACUGUGACUACCAUAGUGACAAACGCUACCUCCCCUACCGUGGCUACCACAGCAGCUACGAAUGCCACCACUGCAGCAGCCAAUGUUACCUCCGCUACCGUGGCUACCACAGCAGCUACCAAUGCCACCACUGCGGCAGCCAAUGUUACCUCCCCUACCGUAGCAACCGCAGCAGGUACCAAUGCCACCACUGCUGCAGCCAAUGUUACCUCCCCUACCGUGGCUACAACAGCAGCUACCAAUGCCACCACGGUGGCAGCCAAUGGUACCACUCCCACCACAACCUCCACCACCAGUCCCACCACGACCUCUACCACCAGUCCCACCACCACCAGUCCCACCACGACCUCCACCACCAGUCCCACCACGACCUCCACCACCAGUCCCACCACAACCUCCACCACCAGUCCCACCACAACCUCCACCACCAGUCCCACCACAACCUCCACCACAGCCUUCACCACCUCUAACACCAACAAGCUACAGCAAACCCUGUUGCACGUUGUGCUGAUCACAGCGGGUGUGAUGGGUGUCACCAUGGUAUAAGAACACUGGGAUCCCUGAGUGAAGACAGCAGUACCAUCUGUCACAUGAUCUUAUUCCACCUUAUCUUGGUUAGGGGGUCACCACAUCUGAUUGUUCUCCAUGAACAUCUUGUCACGAACAUUAAACAGCAUUUGCACAGUGCCUCUCAGAUUAUGAAGGACGGGACGUCACUCUCAAAUUCCACCACCACAAGACUCAAGUCAAGAAGGUGAAGCUGAAUUGGGACUUUGAUUUUCGACAUGUGGUGUCUGGAUUUGACUAUAACUCAAGUGAUUUUGUCAGAUUUCUUUGAAGGAUUACUGGGCACUGAUUUGUUUUUCUAACCUCUUGCAGAACAAAGUUGUUUAUCACUUUCUCCACUAUCUCUCUAUUUCUCUACUACCAGUAUCUAUACUUCCACUGUGCACUAAAUGUUUAACUUAUUAUUACUUAAAAUAUAUAUAUGGCACUGGUAGAUUUAUAUCACACAAGCUUUUUAACUGCACAUAACUGCAAUCACUUUGUGCCCCACAGUAUAAUUCAAUGGAACACAUGAUAAUACAGUUACAAUCAGAACCAUCAGGAGAAAACAAAAAGAGUGAAGCUGAGCUCUUAGUGUGCCAAACCGGUCGCCGUUCUCGGUGUAUCACAUAUGGACAACAGCACCUGGCAGAUUCAGGUUAUAAUUCAAAUUACUGUCAGAUAACAACCCAGUAGAGGAGCAACUCCAAAGUAAAUGCUGAAGCCACCAAAUACGAAAUGUUUAGCAACUAAAACUUAACUCAUAAAAGAUUUACAGCGUGAGUCAAAUAAGUUAUGAACAAUUCCUUCUUCUCAUCACUCAAUGAUGUCAUCAGGAAACGGCAGAUGUGAUUUUCCUCUCUGGUGUGAAUGUUGACUGAGUGAGUGACUUGUAUUUACAAACGGUUGUUUAUUCAUUGUUCCAAAAAUGAUGCCUUGGCCGGCUGAGUUUUGAACAGAUCUGCGUGAGCGUGCAUCAGAAUAGGUGAAUUGGAAACAGGUGAAUAUUUUGUGAUUUCAAAUAUUGAAUUCUCAUAUUGAAGGAUAAAGGCAAACAUUGACAAAACUGAUUUUGCACACUGCAAUUGCAGCAUUUAAUUUUUGUUAAAUAUUUUUGAAAUAAAUAUUUUGCUCAAA